CACAGUCACGCCGGCUCCCAUCCCGGAGAGCCUAUAUAACGCAAGCCCACCAUUGCCUCUUUCUCCACUUCACAGCCCCUUCACCAUGACGGGCCACAUCACCCUCAGCAACAAGUACGCCAACCUCCCAUCGGCUUCAAGCACCGCUGCAAACACCCCAGCCGCAACCGAAGACCGCCCCUUCGCCUUUCCCUCGUCUCUCUCGCGUCACACCAGCAGGCUCUCUGAGAGAAUUGUCGACGAUGAGAAGGAGAUGAAGAAGGACAAGGACGUCGAGUCAGGCCAGCAGGCCCCAGCAGAGCAGUACCUUCCCAGCGUAGACUAUGUCGCUCCCGAGAAGGUUGAGAUGUCGACGCGCAAGGCAGUCUUACUUGGAGCCGUCAUGAUGUCUACCACGUUCGUUGCUUCUUCUACCUUGUCUUCCUCUCUUCUCUGUAUCCCCAGCACAGCUGCUGAUCUCGACGUCACUGAGCUUGAAGCUCAAUGGGUGUCUUCGGCAUACUCUCUUGCAAACGGUGUAGGUCUCCUGGUGAGCGGCCGUUUUGCCGACAUCUAUGGAAGGAAGAUGCUCUUCCUUAUGGGCAUGGCCGCCUUCCUGGUCAUGAAUGUCAUCUCUGGCGUCGUCAGAAGUUACAUAGGUGUAUGUGUUCUCCGCGCUCUUGCUGGUCUUUCUAUCUCCAUUUCCCUUCCGGCUGCUUUCGGUAUCCUGGGUGUCAACUUUACUACCGAACCCAGGAGGACGAUUGGUUUUGCUGCUCUCGCUCUUGGCUACCCUGUGGCUGCUGCCGUCGGCCUCGUCAUUGGAGGUGCCAUCUCUGGGGUCAGCAGCCGAGGAUGGCAAUACGUCUUUUUCGUUGACGCCGGACUUGCGCUUCCGGCAUUGAUCGGUGGUGUCUUCCUCAUCCCCGCCGAACCUGCCAGGAGAAGCAGUGUCACCAAUCGCAAGAUCGACUGGGUCGGCGCCUUCCUUGUGACGGCCGGUUUGAGCCUUUUCAGUUUCGCUUUGACCCAGAGUGGUGUCGCUGCCAAGGGCUGGUCUGAUCCUUACAUCCCCGUGGUGCUCGUCAUUGGCCUCCUCCUUAUCGUCGUCUAUGGCUUCUGGGAGCACUGGCUCGCCAACAACUCCACCACCCCACCUCUCACCCACCUCUCUAUCUUCACCCGCCAGAACUGGAAAGUAACGGCCAUCAUCGUCGUCGCCUUUUUCGCCUACAUCCCCAUCGCUGGCUGGAAUUACCUUACCACCAUCUGGUUCCAAAACUACAAGCACGACACGCCUAUCAUGAAUGCCGUGCAUAUCAUUCCUGCCCCGAUCUUUGGAGUGGGAGCGUGUGUGCUAGUGCCGUUGCUGGCGCCAAGGGUGAGGGCACCGGUGCUUCUCAUGAUGGGUAGUAUCUCGACGGGUAUCGCCACUGUGCUUUUUGCGGUCACGCAGGACUCGACUAUUUGGUGGUCUACCCCAUUCUUGUCUACCGUCUUUAACCCUCCCGGUAUGUUAUCUCCAUCUUUCCCUGGUGCCUAUGCUGACCCACUUGCAGGAGCAGACAUUACCGUCGGCAUCGGAAGUGUCCUCAUGUCCAACCUCGUCGAAGAAGACGAACAAUCCCUCGCCGGUGCUCUCUUCCAAACAUCCCUCCAAAUCGCCAGUACAGUCGGCAUCACCGUCGCCUCGCUCACCCAAUCCGAGAUUGCCGAGAAGCACGGCUUGCUCAAGGGGGUGCAAGACUCGUUCUGGUUGAUGAGCGGUUUCUGCUGGUUGAGUGCGAUCUUGGCGAUUGUGACGUUGAGGGGAGUCGGACUGGCGAAGGAUGUGGGAAAGAAGGAGUAGGGAGCGCGUGUCGGAGGGGGAGGUUGUACACAUACUGUAUUAUGGCGGCGUCUUUUUGGGAUGUGUGCUGAAGUUUCAGCUUUCUUUCGGAUCCUUUUUUCUGUGGCAUAGCAUACAUAUAGCUACACAAUCAUGCUGUCAUCAUAAAGUUGUAUUCCCAGCUGUUCACAAUUAAAUCUCAUACAUCACUACAUAAUCGUUUUACACAUGAACAUAAACAAUUGUAUCGGGAUACAUCAGCGAUUACCUCUGUG